CUGUUCACCGUCACGCAGUGGGAGUUGGUGCAGCCUCCCGUGUUACAGCGUCACUCCUGCGUCACGGGCCUUGUUACAGCGUCACUCCGGCGUCACGGGCCUUGUUACAGCGUCACUCCUGCGUCACGGGCCGUGUUACAGCGUCACUCCUGCGUCACGGGCCUUGUUACAGCGUCACUCCGGCGUCACGGGCCUUGUUACAGCGUCACGGGCCUUGUUGUAGCGUCCCCCCCCUGCGUCACGGGCCUUGUUACAGCGUCACUCCGGCGUCACGGGCCUUGUUACAGCGUCCUUCCGGCAUCACGGGCCUUGUUACGGCGUCACGGGCCUUGUUACAGCGGCCCUACUGCGUCACGGGCCUUGUUACAGCGGCCCUAUUGCGUCACGGGCCUUGUUAGGGCGUCACGGGCCUUGUUACAGCGGCCCUACUGCGUCACGGGCCUUGUUACAGCGUCACUCCGGCGUCACGGGCCUUGUUACAGCGUCACGGGCCUUGGCGGGAUUUAAAGAGCCUCACUGCCUGGUAACCACUUCUAGGCCGGCACUUAAAGACGUUACUCCCGUUACAUCCUGGUAACACAACCCGAAACUGUCUCUAUUUUCCGCUUGUUACAACUUGUAAAAAAGUUGUUACAUCUUGGCUUAACGUGUUUAUGACGUAUUAGAACGUUGUUACAACUUGCUGUAACUGGUUAGGAAGUGUUAAAAACUUGUUCGAACGUUGUACCAACGUCGUAGUUUCGGUGUGUGUUUGGCGGGUUACAUACCGACGCCAAAUUAUCAUUUCGCGUAAUCAUUCCUACUUUGCGACGCUUUUCCCGUCAACUCUUUAUCGCGUCGCUGACUCAUUAUUUUUUUGCGACAACGCCACAUCGCGAAAAUAUAUUUGUCAGUUGGAGAUAAAUCUCCCAGUAUCACUUGAGCGCGAGACGUCUCUCGGGGUUACCACACCGUUGCUUGAGCAUCUCAGGUCGUCAUUAUAUCCUCACUACCUUCAACAUUUUCCCCACUACAGCGGCCCUGAAGAUGCUGGGCUCCGUGGGGGUGGUGUGGGCCUCUCUAUGGACCUUGUGCGCCGCUCAGGCUUAUAUCAGUGACUGUAAGUUUAAGUACGAUGACGUCCCCCCUGAACACAUCCGACCGUUCCUAUCGAGGAAAGACAUGGACCACUUCGUGUACCCUGUGAUGGAAGAGGAGUUGAGGGUGCCGGUGCUGAAGAGCCGUGUGGUGCAUCUCCCACACGGCUCUUCAGUCAUGGUCUCCUGUCCCGGCCAAGACAAUCACCUCCUGGUCUUCGGAAGGGUCAGGCCCACCAGGCCCGACAGGAUGCACUACAGUCGCAUCACAUGCACUGAUGCUGGCCUCAUGCAUGUUGAUACACCGAUCAAGUGGAGUGAUCUCAGCUGUCUCAAGAAGCCGCAGUCCUCCAUUAGAAUGGGCAAGACGUGUGGGCAGAGAGGCACCGAGUGGAUCAUCGGAUGGGAUAUCAAGAGACGCUUCUUCAAGCAGAUAACUCUCUGCUAUAACGUCCAGCAGGAGACGCCGCUCUUCACCUCCCAUCGCAUCUAUGGCAGGAACAUUGAUGCUAAGGUGGUGAAGCCUUCACGACCUGGCUUCAGGGAUGAUGGGUUCUUCUCGUCUAACGUAAGGAAUGCGUACACAGUGACCACACAGAUAUCCCUACUGCAGCGCCUCCUGAACACGGUGAGGCACUUGACUGGUGAAAAUCAGCAUUUCCUGGCCAAGGGACACCUGGCGCCAGAUGGAGACUUCAUCCUGGAGCCAGAGCAGGAUGCCACCUACCAAUACGCUAACGCGGUUCCACAGUGGCAGGCCAUCAACAACGGUAACUGGAAGAGGUUGGAGUUUGCUGUGCGGAGGCUGGCCAGGAUGCGUGGUGCCACGUUUGAGGUGUGGACUGGCACUCAUGGUGUGCUGAGGCUGCCCAACAACCACGGCCACCCUGUCUUCAUCUUCCUUGGCAAUAACCGGAUGCCUGUUCCUGCUCUCAUGUGGAAGGUGAUCCAUGACCCCAGUAUGCACACUGCUGUGGCCAUAGUUAUGGUCAAUGAUGUUGGAAGAUACGGAACUUUCGAAUCCGGGAGUCUACAUGAUCCUCCUUGCCUUGACCAGUGCUAUCGGCUUCCCUGGGUUAACUGGGAAGUCUCUGACCCAACACGUGGGAGGACCUUUUGCUGUUCUGUUCAUGAACUCCAGUCAGCUAUCACUGAUUUUCCUUCACUCGGCCCUGUUGGUCUUCUCUACUAACAUUUACUCAAACAAGGAUAUGCUGAUGUGUUUAUCAUGAUUAAAAGUUGGAUUUGCAGACAAUGAGCUGUGGCUGAAUAUAUGAUGACUGAACAACGUGUCGGAAAAUGAAAAAAUGACGACGUUACAGUCCAUUCUGGACCCUUGUCAAGUCAUGUGAUAGAAAGGAGGAAGAGACAGGCAAAUAAAUAAGGUAAGAGUGAGGAGCAGGUGAGAGAAAAAGGGACAAGAAUAAGAGAAAGGGGUAAAGUUUCGUGUGAGCUAUAGUAGACCCCAUACCCAUCCUGUGGGCAGUAGUGGGCCCCAUAAACAUCCUAUAUUUUUUGUUCAAUAAUACAGUACAUAGUUGCCAUAUGAUUAUCCAUUUGGGUCAUUAUUCCAUUAAAAGGUUAAGUACAUCAUUCUCGUACUUGUAUCUGAUGUUUGUAUCAGUUAUCUAGUUUAGGUCCAGGACAGAGCAAAACGCUUUAGUUUCUUCAUUUUCCAAUGUGUUGUUUGGUCAUCAAACACUGAAUUUCCUGUAAUAAAUUUUUAAACUCUAUUUUCAAUACUGUGCAAUUUCUUGGCUAAAUUAAAGUAGUACUUCAUGAAUAAUUAA